AUGGACUCGUUAAAAUCAUCUAGCUCGGGUUCUCGUCACAGUGGAUCAUCGAGGAUCCAGAAACCUGAAUCUGCCGCCGAGAGGAUGGCUGCUCUGAAGGCUCGUGUGGCGAAUGCGAUCGGCACCAGCAAGUCCAAAGGCGGCUUGAACGUUGGCUUGCACCCGGCUCUUGAGGGACUUGGGUCAUGGAAAUCGCAGGAAAAGGGCCGAGAAGGUCCAAAGGCACAGACUGGAAUCACCAACAUCUCUCACGCCAAGCAACCCCGCGGUUAUGGCCAGGACGAAAAGGCCGAAUCCAACCCGUACUUCGACGAGACCCUUGCUUCACAAACAAUCGUGAGCAAGCGACGAGAACCCAAGCGGCUAGUGUUCAAUCAAAAGGGCAAAUACAUUCAACAAGCUACUUCUUUCCGUCGGCAAGCUGCCCUCGAAGCUAUGAAGAAGCGGAUUGCGGAACAAACACGAAAAGCUGGAAUCGAUGAGGACUUGGACGUUGAAAAGAACUUCGUUGUAGAAGCACCUCCAGAGGUUGAAUGGUGGGACGAAGGUCUCAUUGAUGGCACUACUUAUGAUGAUAUACACGACGUCACAAAACUCAAGAUCAUAACCCCAGACAGCCUUGUAACCGAGUAUAUCCAACAUCCAGUUGCCCUCGAGCCCGCACAGAGCUGCCACCUACCCAAUGCCAAACCCAUGUAUCUGACCUCCAAAGAACAGGCGAAAAUUCGACGUCAGCGACGAAUGGCAGAGCUGAAGGAGAUGCAAGCAAAAAUCCGGCUCGGUCUGGUUCCAGCACCACCUCUCAAGAUUAAAAAGGGCAAUUUGAUGCGUGUCCUUGGAGAUGUUGCUGUGAAAGAUCCCACUGCUGUUGAGGCGAGGGUCAAUCGCGAAAUCGCAGAGAGACAUGAUCAGCAUGUCCAGUUGAACGCAGAAAGACACCUAACCAAGGAACAAAGGCACGACAAGCUGGCCAAGAACCAGCAAAGAGAUGCGGAUAAGGGGAUUUAUCUAUUGGUCUUUAAGAUCAAUAACUUGGCCAACGGUCAACAUCGAUACAAAAUUGGGGUCAAUGCUGAACAGUUGGCGCUUUCUGGGACCUGUGUUAUGCAUCCCAAGUUCAGCUUGGUUAUUGUUGAAGGUGGAGCAUGGAGUAUUGGCAAGUUCAAAAAGCUCAUGCUCAACCGUAUCAACUGGACGGAAAACUCGCCCUCAAAAUCACAAGACGAGAAGCGAGACACUGGGCAUGAUUGGCUGCGGGCUGAAAACGAGGAUGGGAUGUUGAAGGACAUGUCUCUUAAUGAAUGCAGGCUCGUUUUUGAAGGCGAGCAAAAAGCACGAGUCUUCCGGAAGUGGGGAAGCAAGGUGUGUGAGACGGACGCCGAGGCGAGGGAGGCAUUGUCUAGGGCUCGGAUGGAGAACUUUUGGUCAGUUGCAAAGGGUCUCCCUCGGUGA